AUGGCGGUUCGAAUAAGGAACGAUUCGUGGAAAAAUGAUCAUGACCUAGAAGAUAUCCUGAGAAAGUACGUUAGGGAGGGAUUGCAACGAGAGGAGAUCUUGGAUUUUGUUUCAAGGAAUUUCAGUCAAUACGCCUGGAGUUUGAGGACACUGGAUAGAAGGCUGCACCAUUUCCAAAUUUGUCACACAGAUAGGAAUGUGACUGUAGACGAAGUUGAAGCAGCGGUCAAAAAAGAACUAGAAGGGCCAAGAAAGCUACUGGGCUAUAGAGCUCUUCAUAAAAAAAAUCAGGCAGGUCUAUGA